UGAUUUGACUCAUAGAUCCUCUUUUGUCCACAGGCAGUUGUCUUAGGAGAAGAGAAGAAAGAGCUCUCAAAUGCUGUGCCAAUUCUGGAACUCAGUAGAAUGAUGGAAUACCGUUCGUCACUGGAAAAUUUGGAUGAGGAUGGAUACACUCAACUAGACUUCAGCUCUCGCCACAUCACCAGGAGAUCCGUGGACUCAAAGAAAGCUUCCUUUGGUUCCUUACGACCUUGUGCUCCAUCCCCUUGUUGGCGUCCCGUUGCUGUGACUGUGGGGAUUUUAUGCUUGGUAAUGCUGGUGACAGCCGUGGUCCUAGGUACCAUGGCUAUAUGGAGAUCCAGUUCAGGGAACAACCCAUUGAAGAAUGACAACUUUCCAUCAAGAAAUAAGGAGCACCGCAGUCAACCCACACAGUCAUCUUUAGAAGAGAGUAUGGCUCCGACCAAGGCUCUCACAGGAAUUCUUCCUAGCUCGUGUCCCCCUCACUGGAUCACACAUGAGAAUAGCUGCUACCUAUUUAGGACAUCAUUAGAUUCCUGGGACGGAAGUAAAAGACAGUGCUCUCAGCUGGGCUCUCAUCUCCUGAAGAUAGACAGCUCAAAAGAGUUGGAAUUUAUAUCAUGGCAAGUGUCCUCCCAGCCUGAUCAUUCAUUUUGGAUAGGGCUUGCUCGCCGUCAGACUGAAGGACCGUGGCUCUGGGAGGAUGGUUCAAUGUUCUUGCCUGACGUGUUUCAAAUCAGAAGCACAGUUACCCAAGAAGACUCAUCUCACAAUUGUGUGUGGAUUCAUGUGUCAGACACUUACGACCAACGUUGCAGUGUGCUUUCGUACAGUAUUUGCGAGAAGAAGCUGUCAAUAUAAUGGUGGGGGUGUCACCAGGGAAACGCAAAGAGAAGUAUGUAGGAUAGUAAGAAAGGCAGGAAACAAAACAGAAAAGAGAGAUGAUUGAGGUCAAAACAAAUGCUGAAAAUAGCAAGAGAGCACAGUCAUCUUAGCUGAGAAACAGGACGGGGAGGCUGGGAUUUCUGUAUUUACCAACUCCGCUGGGCAACCCGAAUUAUAUUCUAGUUAUUAGAGCCCUAGAAAUGGAGUCCAGGCAGCUGAACUUGAAUUUUCUUUCUACCGCUGACUCUGUAUUUACCUGGGAUUAGCCACAAAGGUGUUUCAAGAUCUUAAUUUCUGGCUAUACCGGAGUUUUUUUUUU